CACAAAGGACAAGGGGGUGGCAGCAGGGCUCCGGAUGGAGACGAAGAGCAUACAGUGAGGAAGAGGAGUAGGCGAGGUUUCCUCUGCCACAACAGCGCAACUUUUGAGCGCUCGGUCGUGCACGUCGCCGACAGUAACAGAUCGCAAAAGUUGUCAGGCAGAGGUCAAGGAAAACCCAACAGAACAGUGCCAAGACGAGCCUCCAGUUGUAUGUGGAAGAUCAAAGAUGGUAAAGGACAGUGCUCAGAUUCGGCGGCAGGGGGCCGAGGACUUUAUGGCAUUCUAUGACUUUGCCUGUGCCAGACAGGAAUCAGUGCCUCUCCCCGCUGUCAAGAUGAACCUUGACAAAGGGAUGCUGGACUUUAAUGGAGACAGGCUCAAACUGACAGACUGGCCACCCAUUCUCAACUCUGUCUCCAUCAACAAACACCUCCACCACAUUGCGAUAAGUAGCACAUACCAAGCUAGUCUGGGUUCUGGAGAUGCAGAUAGGAGGUACUAUAAGUCUGGCUUCAGGAAGAAGAUCCCAGCCAUUCGCUCUAAGGACAUGACAUUUAAGUUGUGCAAGGCCCUGAGAGAGUGUCUGACUGUCUCUUCCAACCUCAAGACUCUGCAGCUUAACGGACUUCCACUGAGAGAGAGGGACCUCAUCACCUUGACAAAGGGUUUGGCAAAAAGUGUUUCCCUGGAAAACCUAUCUCUAGCAGACUGUCCAAUCACUGAUAAGGGCUUAGAGGUGAUUUGCCAAAGUGUUAAGUAUUCUACAAGCAUCAGGACGGUAGAUUUUACAGGAUGCAAUCUCACCUGGAGAGGGGCAGAGCAUAUGGCCAACAUCAUCAAGCAUCAGGGAAUGCAGAGGCAUGGUACUGCAUGGGCAGAGUCUCUGAGGUAUCGACAGCCACAUUUUGAGGGAAUGGGAGGUCUCCGCCGUGUCACCCUUAACUGUAACACUUUGAUUGGGGACCGGGGUGCUGCCGCUCUUGCACAUGAACUGGCCGAGGACCUCUGGGUUAAAGCUGUGGACCUACAGAGAUGUGGUCUGUCCAAUGAAGGAGCUCGUCGUUUGCUGGAAGCCUUGAAAACAAAUUCUGCUCUUUGUGUACUGGAUAUUCGUAACAACCCAUUAGUUGACAAGGUCCUAAUUAAAACUAUAAUAGAAAAAGUACUCAUGAAUGCUGAUGGACAGUCACUAGAGUACCGCUGGAUCAAGCCUGCAACCACUGAGCCACAGAGAGCUUCUGGUCCAAAGAAGCGAUCACUGCACAGUUCAGUGAGAGGAAAAGCUACAUUUAGGAUAGCCCCUCAUAAAGGAACGUGUCCUGGAGGGCAGAGUUCAGGUGCUGCUCAGGCACAGAAUCCCUAUUCCCGUUCCUGCUACAUUCCUUGGCGCGCUGCUGCACGAGCUGGACGCCAGAGAGGUCUGCCUCCUGGAUUAACUGUGACAGACCAAAGCUUUCAGGGUGCAGCUACUGUGAAAGUUACUGUGGAUUCAGAUUCAGAGGGAGAGGAGGAUGCGGAAGAGGAAGAAUUGGUGGUGGAAGUGGAGCAGAGACCAUCUUCUUUCAGUGUCAAGGACAGGAUAAUUGGACGGCAGUUUGAACAUAUGCAGAUGGAGCUAAAAGAGUGUCGUCUGAGGGUGGCUGAGGAGCGCAGAGCUAGAAUGAAAGCUGAGUCAAGGCUCGUAGAGUAUGAGCUGGAGAAUGCCCGUCUUCGUGAUGCUAACCUCUCCCUGUCAGAGGCGCUCGCAGCCACUGGCUCUGGAUCAGCACCACCUGCUGUCAGUGCUCUUGAAGACGGGGCCGUACUCGAGAGCAUUGAGAGCUCAUUUAACAAGUUCCAUGCUUUCCUGGAUCUCCUCAAGGAUGCUGGCCUUGGGCAGCUAGCUUCAAUGGCUGGAAUUGACAGGCCAGAUUUUCAGCCUCUGGGAAAACCUCAGCUCUCCUCUACAAUAGGAACACAUUUGGAUGGUGCAGCAUCACCGACUAGAGGGGAGUAUCGGGAUGUUCGGACAAAGACUAAUGCUUUUUCUUUGGUAGGCAGUGUCAUGCCUGCUCUCCCUGGUGGCCAAUUUGACAUCACCAUACCCAGAUCUUCAUCCUCUGUCAGGAAGUCCUUGCAUGAAGACAGGCUACUAGAUGUGACCUUCAGUAAGGCUUCUGGACCUGCAGUAGACCCCGGUAAAGGUGGAGAAGAGGAUCCAGAUCAAUAUUCCAAGCCUGAUACCCAGCAUGAGUCAGGUUCUGAGCACAGUUUCCAUAGCCAAAAAUCCUUUGAUAAGUUUUCCUUUGGUAACAUUUUUCAGACUCAACCAAGCAAGCACAAGUGCAACAGCAACUCUCACCGGAGCAAUUCCCAUCAUAGCAACAGUUCCCAUGGAUACAACAACAGCUAUGCUCAAAGUCAUGCUUCCCAUAGCAAUGGGUCACAUUGUGCAUUAUCUGUAAAAUCGAGUGUUAGUGACAUUAUUAGUGACAAGGCAGAGUCUGUGCCAUCAGUAGGGUCAAGGAACAGGGGAACGGGAAGGCUAGUGACAAUAGGUCAGUCAGGGUCAGAAGGGUCAGAGGGGAAAGCCUAUCCUGGGAGGGAGACUCUGGAGCAGAUCAGGUCUCUCGGCAGUCUGGGAGGGCAGUCAGAAAAUGAAUCCUUCUGACCCACUGACCAGAGAAAUAUGAAAAGCUUUCUCUGUGUCUAUUCUCAUUGCCUUCUUAAAGUUCUUUCUGUUACUUUUUAAGAUCAUUUUUCACUUUAAAACUGAAUAUGAUAUAGAUUUUAUACAUCCUUUUUUUAAAUAAAUAUUUUUAAUUUUCGAACUUCGUGCUGAUGUAGAGAUUUUUGAUGGAUAUUUAAUUCCCCCUUAAUUUGAAUUUGAAUUUUGUCCUUUUUAAAUAAUCUUUUAUGAUGUUGUAUUGCAUCAUCUGUUGUUUCUAUUAGGAUAUUCUGCACGUCU